AUGGGUCCGGCUAACGUGUCGCCUUCUCUGUUCCAGCCAAAAGGGCUACAACAGCCCGUGGAGUUGGACGACGGUGACGGCGACGGGCGACUGACCGCGGGCGGCGCGCGGGCCGCCGCCCGCGCGCCCGCCGUGACCGGCGCCAGCGGGGGAGGCGCGCGGGCGGGGGGGGAGUUACCGCCCGCCAUAGACAAACUCCGCGCCAUUGACAAUCCAACUUUU